AAGCGCCCAAAUCCGACCCCCCCAAAUGCCUUCUCUGUGAUGGUCUGAUUCUGAUGGAUGCUCCCCACCUGCUCUAGCGGUCUAGCCCCAGCUCGCGCCGCCUCGCUUCCUCCGUUCGCGACGCCGGCAUUUCGUGGCGCCUUAUCCUUCUCUGCCCUUCUGGUGGGUGAGAUAAAGGGGCAGCGGGUUGUUUUUUCUGAAGGUUUCGCGGCCACUUCCAGCCGGAUCCACGGCCGCGGCCACCGCCGCCGCUCCCUCGGCCUGGUGGAGAGGAGGGGUGAUCCAUCCGAAGGUGGCGGUUCCAUUUCUUGUUUUCCUGAUUGCCUGAGUAAUUGUGGACAUGAAGAGACUUCUGUGGUGCUGUUGAAGAAUUAGUGCCAGUCUCGAUUUCUCCUGAUGGAUAAGCAGGGCAACGCCAAGAACGGGGAAGUGGGGAACAAUGUGUUUCACAGGAUGAUUCUUAAUCAGUUUGCUGGGGACUUAGGUCUCGACGAGGACAAUGUGCCUUGCAAUACUCCAAGAAACUCCGCUCGCUCUGCAUUUGGUGGCAGGGCAGUUGCUUCUACUAGCAGCAACCACAGCACUGAUUCAUUGAGCCCAGGCGAAUAUGUGAGGGAUCCUGGAUCCCUUCUAAGUUUACAACCAUGGAUUUUUAGAAGAAACGGCUCACAGAACCAUGGGGAAAGUGUGCUUGCGAGCGGUAAGGGCAAGAAUCGGGUCGAUGUCCUUCGAGAGGGUCAUGCUGUUGGAAUCUCACCAAGGAGUCCUGGUCUUGGUUCUGGGCCUGGAAGAGGUUGUGGAGCUGUUAGGAGCAGAAGAUCUCGUUCGAAUUUGAUGAAGCCACUUGUGCCAAUGGACAACUCCUACGUCCCACAGCUUUACAGUGAGAACUUUGAAAUCGAAGAAUGCACAUUUGCUCCAGCUCCUUCCCCAGCUUCUGCUAGGCCAUUCAUUGUGACAGAUGGUACAAGGAUAAUUAGUAAAUCACGCUAUGAGCCAGUACCUCUGCCCUUUAAUAUCGGAAUAGACAAGGAGGAAUGUAGAGGCACCUCAGCGAUGCUAGGAGGUCUGAUUGGAAUUGUUCCUCUACCUGAGUUGAAGAAACUCAAACAUGAGUGCAGAAAUUCACAUGAUGGAAGGCUUGGUCUGUCUGGUUCUCAGCGAAGUAGCAGCUCACAUGAACAAGCAGGUUUACAUGAUCGAUUCCUCCUAUUCUCUACUGGGGUGAGCAUUGGUAUUCUAUGGUCUUCUCUGUCAAACAAGAAGGAAUUUGAUACGCUGAAGGGCACACUAAAACGAAUGGAAAACUUAGUUCAGGAUUUACAAGAUGAACUGGAGAUGAAAGAGGGUUUAACUGUGAAGGAAUUGCCUAAUGAAACUUCUAGCGAACAUGAUGAUGAUAAUAGCAAACCACAAGUAGUUGAUUCAGAGGCAAUGAGCAAAAUUGAAGCGGAGCUUGAAGCUGAGCUUGCAAGACUGGAACUGAAUAUCACUUCGAAACGUUUGGAAGAAGAAACAUCUGACUUCAAUGAGGCUGACAAGGAGUUCAUUGGUGACAUUGUUUGUGGGGAACUGAAAGCUGAUAUGGUCCCCCGGGACGUCACAGAUUACAGCAGUGAAUGUGACUAUGGCAGGGACAGCAGGGAAAGUUCCCCAGACUACACAUGUGGAGCAAACUAUCCCGUCUCACCUAGAGAUCUCAGCAUUCGUCUCCACAAGGUGAUCCAACGUAGGCUUGAAGACCGAGUCAAGGAGCUUGAAUCAUCAAUUGCCCACAGACAGAAGCAGGCGCAACUACAGAUGAUGGUGACUGAUGAAAUAUUCUCUGAACCGAUAUGCUCAAACAGUGAAUCAGGUUCUUCAGGACGAGGAAGUCCCAUUUUCAUACAAGAAAUUAGCUCCUUGGCAGAACCAUAUUGUCUAAACCUAUCUGGAGACGCGCUUGAAGCUUAUGACGAAGCUUACGAAGAAUUCAUGAGAAUUGCGGACUCCCCUUGCACUACAAGUACAAAUGGGAAGGCACAGGCAACCGAAGAUUACCUGGUAGACCGUGGUUUAAUCUGGGGAAUGGAGGACAGCUCUACGAAGCUGAAAGAAGUACCCACUUGGGAGAGAGUUCUAAAGAGCACAGAUCCUAACAGGGAUCAAGAGAGCGAUAGAGAUGAGUCGGACGACGAAGACGACGACUGUAAAGUGCUGAUUCAGCAGAUUGUAGAGAGAACUAAACAAGGUUCCCCUGUACUUGUUAACGCUCAAAAACUUCUGUUUUCUGUGGAUCAAUAGGCCACUUCACUAUACACCAUUUAUUUUUGAGAUAUAGCAUGUAGUGUCGAAUUAUUAUUGAGAAAGGAAAAUUAUUAAUUGUU